AUGCAGCUGUUCCAGUCAAUGAAUAUUCCCUUAGGGUUCUUAACCGGUCAUGUGGCGCUCGCCCAAGUUAAGGAUUUUAAAAUCGACUUAGAGCCACAUCGAAUGCUUCAACUGGUGUCUCAAACCCAACUACCGGCCGUCGAGGAAUAUCCUGGACUUAGUGGCUCGCUCGGAAUUGAUCUGAGUGUGUUAAAAUCGAUGCAGACGGAAUGGACUACCACUUUCGAUUGGGCUACGGAGCAGGCCGAUUUGAAUCGGUAUAAUCAUUACACGACAACGAUAGAAGGAUUAACGAUCCAUUUCAUCCACCAGAAGUCUAGCGAGCCAAAUGCAAUAUCGCUUAUCCUGAACCAUGGAUGGCCUGGAACUUUCAUGGAUUUUCUUCCAGUGAUUGACCCAUUAACGACAGCAUCCAGCACAUCCAAUAGAACCUCAGCUUCCUUCCAUGUCGUGGUCCCUUCACUACCAGGUUACGCAUUCUCCAGUGCACCACCUGCCACCUGGACGCCAAACGAUACGGCACGCAUUUUCAACACUUUGAUGACUGACGUUUUGGGAUAUGAGACUUAUGCUGCUCAUGGGUCAGACUUUGGUAGUAAUGUAGCGUACAACUUAUAUAACAAUUUCAACAAGUCAGUGCGCGCUGUUCAUCUUACUGGUAUACCAUUCCUUCCAUUAAGCCCGGUCGAGUUCCCUAAAUACAACAUCACUCUCGAUGCGGAUGAGGAGUUUCAGGAAAAUCUAGUCCUGGGUUUCAACACAGGGUAUGUUAUCGAACAGAGUACCAAGACCAACACUAUUGGCUCAGCGCUUCAUGAUAACCCCAUUGGACAAUUGUCCUGGAUGGCAGAGAAAUAUAUCUCGUGGUCCGAUCCACAAGCAGGAACAUCACCGUCUGUCCUCACACACAAUGAAAUCCUUCGCCAAGUUUCUCUCUACUUUUUGACCAAGUCUUUCGUAUCAUCUAUUUUCACCUACCCGCAGAAUACCGACGCGUAUAGUUCAAGCUACAGCAAAGCGCAAACCGAUGCACCAAUGCUGUUUAGCAGCUUCAGAUACAGCGGUGCAUUCUGGACAGAAAAAGUAGUCUCAUGGGUGGGAAACCUAGUAACUUAUAAUUAUCAUAACUUCGGCGGACACUUUCCGGGAUUGGAUAACCCGCCAGCUUUGGUUGAUGAUAUAAGACAGAUUGGAAAUUAUUGGACUUAUUACUUAGGACAUUGA